AUGUCGUUUGUAUUCUCGCCGUGCUCAUUGGAUGAUCUAAUUAAAAAGGCCGGCGAGAAGCUUGUGGUUGUAGACUUCUGGGCCACGUGGUGCGGGCCUUGCAGGGUGAUUGGUCCAGUGAACUUUCUGAAAACAAAGAUCUGCAGAACUCCGUUAUAUUCCUCAAGGUGGGACGUUGACCUUCUGUCGGACCUUGCAGAAGAUGCCGGAGUGGAGUGCAUGCCCACCUUCAUGUUCUUUAAAGGAGGUAAAAAGGUGGCAUCGAUGGCCGGGGCAAAUACGAACCUACUCAGAGAAUACGUGGAGAAGUACAAAUAACCGGACAGGGGACGCAACUCUGUCACACCGACAAGCGUAUAGCUGGCGUCGUUUACAGCAAAUUUAUUAGCAUUGUUAUUCGAGCUAUAAAAGGUACUGACAGCCUUGUGAUAUUUAGAUCAAUGUAAGUUUUGAAUUUUGAACUACAUGGAAUUUGUAUUUGUAACGUCUAAAGUCUAGCUUUAUUCAAGAAUGUAUCAUUACUCAAAUCUACGCUGCGUUACAUUUAGAGAUGCAGGUCUUACAUGCAUCAAAUAAAUCGCCCACAAUCUGUUUGAGUUCUAGCCACGUGUUGGUUGAAAAUGUACGGAAACAAAAUGGCGGAUCUAUAAUGAAGUGAUUAUUUGUCAUGUCCAUGCACGACUCAUUAUUCCACUUUUCUUCAUAAUUCCAAAACAUGAUUAAAUAGACAUUCGGGGCAGUUUUCCAGAAAGGUGGGCAUUUUUCUCUCUAUUUCUCCGUCAAAACUCAGAUCAAAGUCAGAUUUCCAUUGUUCGUUCAUGGCACUACACAAAUCCGUCAGCCAUGAGUAUGAAGUAAGUUUUACUUCCAGAAACAGGAUUUUAUAGUUUAUUAUAGCCCUUUAUUCAGUUUUUGUGCAGACAUGUUUACCUACACAGCAUAUUUGAUAAUCUCGUGACAAACCAAUCUGAAUAAACUGAGCUGGAUAUAGGAAUAUUCAUCUGACAACUAUCCCAUGUUCACUUCGGCCUUUCUCGAGGCUGCAUUGGCGAGAUCUUUCAACCAAUCAGCGAGCCGGGUAAACACAGGCAAUUUGACACGUCUGACACGGGAGUGGAUGAAAAUGUAAGAGUGAAAAUACGGUUGUUUUUUUUUUCACUGGAAGGUUUCUCUAAACCAUAUACAUUUUACAAACGAGGGAAUAAACUUUCUCUGUCAGUUGAGGUGUUUUCCGGUAAAGAGACUGAUAUGUGAACUGACAUAUGAUUGGCCGCUACUUUUACACGCAUGUUCGCGUGUGCCUUCGUGGGCGCAUGAAGAAAGGGUGCUGUAGCUGUCAGAUGGAUAUUCCUAUAUAUCCAGGUGAGUUUAUUCAGAUUGGUGACAAACCAGAUAGGUCUACCGUCCAGAGGCAUUCAUGUCGCGUGACCUUUUUAUCAGUGUUUCGUCGUUUAACAGUGUUGAGUUAGCAGGUCCCUUAAUCUACACAAGAUGCUUACAUCAGACAAAUCCACGUAAACACAUGAUUUUCUCGUAAACAUGAAAGACUACAGUUAUUUUUAACCAUUUAUGACGAAAAUCUGAAAGGAGGUUGAUUGUGUUUUAUUUUUCUUAUUGGUAUUUCAUUGCGUGUUUUGGCUAUUUGCCAACUUUCUGGACAUCUUACGCUGCAGAAGUUGUAUAACCCAGAGUUUCCGUUCAUUUCACGUUUGUGAUGUUAUUAUAUACGAUGACUUUUGUUCACCAUGAGAGCAUCUUUGUCUAUAGCUGUAACAAUUUAUAAGAUGAGAGACACGUUCGACAAUGACUUGCCUCAAACGACAGUUCCAAUGACUUUGGCCAGGAGCUCUGCCUCCUUUUUUCUCUUCUUUGAGCAAUGUUCUUCCGACCGCUGCCUAUUGUUAUAAUGGUUAUACAUAUAUAAGAACAGUUAUCUCUGAAACAAAACAAGUUCAGUGAAUGUAAUAGGCGUGAUGGGUUCACAAUGGGUAUCACUGAAUUCCGAGUAUUGGUGUUAAACUAAACGCAACAUUAUAUCUAGGUAUGUGUUUUCAACUUCCUGUAACAGUUUUGUUACCAGAACUAUACCAGUGUUGAUCUAGCAAUUCCUUGUCAUUUGUAGUGGGAAUAAAAUAUCC